AUGCCUAAAAGCUGCUCAGUACCAAAGUGUAGAACAAAGCCUGACGAUAGAAAGAGCUUCUAUAAGUUUCCUCUUCAUGACCCCGAGAGACUUCACCUGUGGCUGAGGAAUAUGGGAAAAAACGCCUGGACACCCACUCGACAUCAUUAUAUUUGCCAUAAACAUUUCACGCCUUCAAACUUUACAGUGUGCAGGGGUGUUCGUUAUCUGAAGAAAACAGCUGUGCCCACACUAUUCAAGAAAACGAAAUUGUUGGGCGAAACUUUAAGUCCUCAGCCUAUCACCUCCACAGUGCCAAUAGUGUCUAAGUACAUUCAGGGUUCAAAGGUCUCAAAGAGUCCUGAGGAGGAAGAAGAAGAGGAAGAGGAGGAGGAAGAUGACAUCAGUGUGGAAAGCUUCAACUUCGAACAACAACAAGUGGAGCACUGUUACCAUAAAAACAGUGUGAGCAAAGAGCAACUAGAGGCGACUGUGGUAGAGCUGCAGAAGAAAGUGAAGAUCAUGCAGCAGCAUCACCACAGACACUUGGAAAAGCUUGAGGGACUGGAAAAGGCCGUGGGGCAGCUGAGGCAGAGCAAACUUCUGUACGAGGAGAGGCUUCAGUGUCUUGAGAGGGCCUAUCUUCAAGCAAAUGCAACUAUUACAGAUCCCGAACAGAUUGUGACCGUCAUCUAUGAAGAUUCUGAGCAUUUCUACACAAAUGUUCCAAGGGAAAGGUUUUGA